AUGAUAAAGGAGAAACCUAACAAUGACUGUGCCAUUUGUUUUGUCACACUAUGCUGCCCAGCUCCAGAGUUUCCUAUUUUGGAGAAGCAGAACUGGUUGAUACAUCUCCACUAUAUCCGGAAGGAUUAUGAAGCAUGCAAGGCUGUUAUCAAAGAACAGCUUCAGGAGACCCAGGGACUGUGUGAAUAUGCUAUCUAUGUCCAAGCAUUGAUACUUCGCCUGGAAGGAAAUAUCCAAGAAUCCCUGGAACUCUUUCAGACGUGUGCUGUUCUCAGCCCUCAGAGCGCUGAUAACCUCAAGCAGGUGGCCAGAUCUCUGUUUCUUUUGGGAAAACAUAAAGCUGCCACUGAAGUAUAUAAUGAAGCAGCAAAGCUCAACCAGAAAGAUUGGGAGAUCUGUCAUAACCUAGGAGUUUGCUACAUUUAUCUGAAACAGUUCAACAAGGCACAGGACCAGCUGCAGAGCGCCCUGCACCUCAACAGGCACGACCUGACCUACAUGAUGCUGGGGAGGAUCCACUUGCUGGAGGGAGACGUGGAUAAGGCCAUCGAAGUCUACAAGAAAGCAGUGGAGUUCUCACCAGAAAAUACAGAGCUUCUUACAACCUUAGGAUUGCUCUACUUACAGCUCGGCAUUUACCAGAAGGCGUUUGAACACCUUGGAAACGCACUGACGUAUGACCCUGCCAACUACAAGGCCAUCCUGGCAGCCGGCAGCAUGAUGCAGGCCCAUGGAGACUUCGACGUUGCCCUCACCAAAUACCGAGUUGUGGCUUGUGCCGUCCCAGAAAGUCCUCCACUCUGGAAUAACAUUGGAAUGUGUUUCUUUGGCAAGAAGAAAUACGUAGCUGCUAUCAGCUGCCUCAAACGAGCCAACUACCUGGCACCCUUCGAUUGGAAGAUUCUCUAUAACUUGGGCCUUGUCCACCUGACCAUGCAGCAGUAUGCAUCCGCUUUCCAUUUUCUCAGUGCAGCCAUCAACUUCCGGCCAAAGAUGGGGGAGCUCUACAUGCUCUUGGCUGUGGCUCUGACCAACCUGGACGAUACAGAGAAUGCCAAGAGAGCCUACACAGAAGCAGCCCGCUUGGAUCUGUGUAACCCCUUAGUCAACCUGAACUACGCCGUGCUGCUGUACAACCAGGGUGAGAAGAGGGGCGCCCUGGCCCAGUACCAGGAGGUGGAGAGGAAGGUCAGCCUGCUCAAGGACGGGAGCGCUCUGGAGUUUGACCCUGAGAUGGUGGAGACAGCUCAGAAGCUGGGAGCUGCUCUCCAGGUUGGGGAGGCGCUGGUCUGGACUAAACCAGUGAAGGAUGCCACAUCAAAGCACCGGACCACUUCAAGCAGCAAAGCUGCCAGUUCCCAGCAGCCUCUGGGCUCUAAUCAAGCUCUGGGACAGGCGAUGUCUUCAGCAGCUGCACGCAGGACGCUUCCCUCAGGUGCGGGAGGAACAGCUCAGCUCACAAAGCCGCCAUCUCUUCCUCUGGAGCCAGAGCCUGCUGUGGAAGCAAGUCCAGCUGAAGCCCCAGCACAAAUAAGAGAAAAAUAGAAGGAUGACCCCGGAGCAGGGGUUUUUCGGGCAAGGAUGUAGCAGAUUAGGAAAGGUCACAUGACACAGGCCAGGUGGAGGCCAGCAGGUUCCCUGGGCACCAGAGCCAGGUCCACGUCUGUAGUGGUGACAAGGAGCCUGAGGCCUGUGCAGCCCCCAGGAGCCCCUUAAAUAUAGGAGACAGGAGACAGCCAGGCAGGUCCUUUCAGCAGAGAGUAAGUCUCACGACUGUCCGUGCAUAGCUCCAGGGCACAUGAUGCUGUUUGCUCUUGAAAGGGUUUUCUCUCCUGGCUGACUGACUGACCCUCCUUUCAAGGAGGAAAGUCAGAGACAGACUUCUGCUCAGCAGCCUUGUCACAAGGAAGCCUUGGCUUAGCUGAGGUGAUCCGUAGGCUGUGGGGCAGAUGAGCCCCAAGGCAAACGCAAAUUUCGGAUUAAUAAUUCAGCUCUAAGUUUCAAAGGAAAACUGAUGAAAAAAGCUCUAACUUGCAGCCAAAACCUAUUGCACACCCUGCUACGUGUGCCUGAGGGAUCCAGGACAGGUCUGUCUUGUUCCUGAGAGGUCAGGAGAGGGCAGAGUAUGGAGCCAGGACUGGGCUGGCAUCAGUACCAGGGCAGAGCUUCUUAACCAAGGAAUUUUUAUUUAAGAUAAUCAUUGGUACCACAGAGAUGCUAUCCAUACAUUUUCUGUAUGUCUUUUUUAGAGUAAGAUUAUGUAUCAUCAUCCCUUUGGGACAAGUUAUUCAGGUAUAAAAAUGAGAGACCACAAUAAAAACUUUUUAGAAGAACCUAUGAUCACAGUCUUCCCUUACCUAUUUCUAAGCCGAGUUUGAAACUGGAGAAGGAAGCUGAUGUCAAGUUCCUACUUGGUGCCAGCACAGCCGGUACUACAGCCCCGUGGGAUGGCAGGCCAGCAGUUUGCUUCAUGGCCAGUCCCCACCUGGUACUCAAAGUGCCCUUUAAUCAGCGUAAUUUGAAGGCAGAGGACUGACCUGCCAAACCAAAGUAUGUUUGGGGUUCUUUAUGACUGGCUCUGUUUGACAUUGAAGCAGCAGUUAACUAAGCAGAAAACUCUUCAGUUCUUGUAUCUCAGCCAUAAACUGAGGUAACAAGCAGUACCUUUGCCCGUGCAGCUGGAAUGUGGCAGAACUGGGCAACCGAGAAAUGAGAAAGGUCGCUGCUAUAUCGGUGUGGAGUCUCGUGUGCCUGUGACUGAAGAGAUCUGCGUGAGAAAUAGCGAGGGUGCAAGCUAAGACAGACGGAGAGGAUGGCAGCAAUGGGAGAGAGUCAGGAGGUAAAACCCACAGAAACCAGGGACUGACGGGAAGUAGAUAAGAACAGACUGCAGGAUGGACACUGUUGGGCAGAGUUACACAAACCAGAGAGGAACAUGGGGGGCCAGGGUCGAGUGUCGUGGAGUAUAGGUUUAGACGUUUAUAUUUGAGACAUCCAAAGGAUGAUAGCCAUUUAGAUAUGUGUAUAGCUAGAUUUCCGGUGUGAAAUCUAACUUGAAGAUAAGGAUUCAGGAGUAAUUUCGGUGAUAGCUGAAACCACAGAUUUGAAAGUCACCCAAGGAAAGCUAGGAAUAAGACGGGACCAAAAAUGGAAAACCAAUAUUGAAAGGGAGAAGAGCCCACAAAGGAGACAGGAGAAGCAGGUGAUAUAAGAAACAAGCCAGGAGAGUGGUGCUGGGCAAGGGGAAGGAAGAAAGGAAGGGAACAUAAGGCACUUUGCAUUCCAGGGACAGCAAACUAGAAGCACAUGCUUUCCACAUUAAUGUGAACUUAAUUUCCUUAAAAAAUAAAUACUGGGUUGGAAUUCC